GUUGCCCCUCACCUCUCCCCAAUGAUCCAAUGAUCCAACAACCAAGAUCCACAGUCUUCCCUCCCAUGCUGAUAGCCUGAUCCCGGAUCCAUCAGCCACAAUGGAGGAACCAUCAGACAUUAACCUAACAAACAACCCCCCCGAACACACACAAACCACCAUACCGCUUAACAACACCGGCCAGGGCCCCCUCCUCGUCCCCGGCUUCGCAGGCAUCCCCAUCCACUAUGCCCUCCCUUCCGACGCGCGCUUCGCGCACGGGAUGGUCGAAUGGCGCCAGGCCCCCGCCGUCACGGCCCGCGAGAUAGCCAUGGUCGCCGCGAUGGACAAUCUCACCGAUCGGGCCAAUUGGCACGUGGAUAUAUUCGAUGACGAGGCGGUCGCGGACUGGAAAAGGGAGGUUUUUGGAACAACGCCCCUGAUGAGCGAGAAGACGUGGGAGUGGUGUUUGAAGGAGCUGCGCGACAAGGCGGUUUACUUCCGCGAGAAGGGCCAUAUCCGCGUGCUUGAUACGGGGUCCUGCGUGUGUAAAGCGGAUUCGGAGGGUCUGAGGUCUCUGGGGGCGGUGUUUAGGUCGUCGGUUCCGGCGUUACUGAGGGAGCAGGAGGAGCAGCGGGUGCUAGAUUGGCAGUCUAAGACGGUCUUGAACGUGGUCGAUCCGUUGCUAUUCCCGUUAGUAUAUGGGAGAAGCUUGGUGUUGACGGCCGGGGGGAGAGUGGACCUUCACGAUGCUCUGGGAUCCUACAAGGACGCAACAGUCGCGCCUCAGCAUUUCGACAGACGGGUACACUCCCAGGCAUUGCAGAAGAAGAUCGACGAAUGCCGCGAUCCAUGCAUGGGAAUCUCUCCUCACCGAGGUGACAAGUCCGAGUUCUAUCGCUGGAGUUCCAACUACCAGUGUCUUCCAUGCGAGGUGGAAUUUAUCGGGGACUCCGGCACCGAAGUGCAGAUCACCUCGUACAUCAACAACCUAUAUCCCGUCCACAAAGGGCUCUACCAUGCAAUCGAAAAACUCGUCUCCCUAGCGAUCAAGCCCUGGAAUGACUGUCUGGUCCAGGGACAGCGUGACUGGCAGAAUGACUUCAAUCAGGGCCAGCUGGGGCCCGUCCCGCUGCGAAUCAUCACGUACGGGGUGGAAUGGGAGAACGAGCUCCCCGACUGGGCGCUCGCGUUCAGAGUCCCCUCAGAAGCCAGGAAACGAAUGUACCGCAAAGCCCAAGAAGCGCUUCAGAGCAGCAAAGACGAUAAGUCCAACAAGGGGAGAAAUCAGCACCUUACGGCCCAGAAACGGCUGGCGUCGCUACGGGAUGUCGCAGGGAAAGAAGACAUGCAGCUGCCUCCCCCGGACUCCGACCUGUGGCGGAAAGCAAAGGAAUAUCUCCAACUUCCCGAGGACGGAUCCAACACCCCCGUCCCAGUCCCAGAUGACUGGGCAGACGGGGAAGAUACACCGUGGCGGAUCCUCCGACAAAAGGCGGACCGGACCAUCCGCUACAAACACCCAGAGCCCGGAACCGCCUUUUCGUACGAGGAGUGGAAGAGCAACCAACACAACGACAAAGCCAUCGUCGAUAUUGUGCGCCAUCGGAACGACUGGGGUGGCUUCGGGCGGCCCUUCAAGCCGCUCACCCCGGCCCACACGCCCUACACGAUCACCCUCGAAGACAGAUUCCGGAAACAAGGCCUCCAGAUCAUCGUAAAGAUAGAAAACAUCGAGCUCACCCCCCAAGCACCUACCCACUCCACCGACACCUGGCAACUGGAUGGCCAGCUAAACGAACACAUCACCGCCGUGGCAAUCUUCCCCUACGACGUCGCGAACAUCACCCCUCCCCGGAUCGCAUUCCGACAGUACACCACCCUCCACGGCGUGUUCUACCAAUACGCCGAGGAACGAUACACGACCCGGGAGUUCAAUAUGCGUUGCCUGCCCGCCCAUCGAUACGGCAAGAUAGCCGGGAAGGAGAUCGGGGCAAUAGCCGAGAUUCUUGGCUUCGACCCCCUGCACCUCUCGAGUGAUUACCACGGGUCGAAAUCCUACCAGGGCAUAGGGUCCGUCGCGACGCCACAGGGUCGACUGGUGACAUUUCCUAGUACCUUGGAGCACAGGGUUGAGCCGUUCCAGCUGGUUGAUGCGAGUAAGCCUGGCCACUAUCGCUCGAUUCAGCUGUACCUGGUUGACCCGCACUACCGCGUGUGUUCGACCCGGAAUGUGCCCCCGCAGCAGCAUCACUGGUGGGCGCAGGAGGUGGCGAGGGAUCUUGCUACAAAGGGGUUGCCUCGGGAGUUGGUGGAUGAGAUCACCCAGCGAACGGGUAGCUGGCCGAUGGGGAUGGAGGAGGCGAGACGGCACCGAGCUGAGCUGGUCAAGGAGCAUCGGUGGAAUGAGGUGACUAAAUUGGCGAGUAUGUCUGGUCCGGGGUUUUGAUACCUAAUGGUCAGAUGGGAUGGAGUAGUAAAGCCUCACUCAUUCAUUGAUUCCAUGUGACGAGGAGCUGGGGGUCUAUGUGGAUGAGCAUACCAGGACGGGGUUCCAGGGCGCGCGCUGAACUGGUGUCACGUGCGCACGGCCGAGGGGGGGGCAAGUAUACGUGGGGCUAUAAGGUGUUCGCCGGGAGAAAGAUUGAUACUCCUUGUGCGGUUGUGUCCGGGAAGCAGGAUUGGGGGAUUUAUCAGGAGCCCGGGGCGCUGGAGAAGAUAAUGGAUGGGACCGUCUGUAGGGAUUUCAAGAGGAUGAGACUAGUGAAUAGGGUUGGGCAUUGGGCGCCGCAGGAGUGUCCUGGGAAGGUGGUGGAUGUGAUAUUGGAG